GUGUGCACUAGAUUCUGACGCGCACUCGUUAUGGGGAAAACGCUGCAUGCUAUUGGCCGAAACCAAUGUCAAUGCUCAAUGCAUCUCAUUCGAUUGGUGUAUUGGAUGUUGGGGCGUUUUAGGGUAAUUAGUGAACCGUGGUCGUAGUUUACAGUUGAUCUCGUGGUUUUUCCAUCUAUUCCCAUCUAUUCGUGAAUUGUUGAGAUUUUGCUAAUAAGGAGGGGGCGUCAACUGUCCGGCGGCUGUAGAAAGUUGGACCUUCAAGUUCAACCAUUCCACACGUCAAACCCCCACUAUCAACAUGGCAGGGAUUGGCAGACUGUCAACAAAGGGCUCAGUACUCUUACUGUGUGACAUGCAGGAGAAGUUCAGACCCAACAUCUUCCAGUUCACCAACAUCAUCAGCAACGCAGCCAGACUGCUACAGGCAGCCCGUGUUCUGGGCAUCCCCCCCAUAGUGACAGAGCAGUACCCUAAAGGCCUGGGUCCCACGGUGCCUGAGCUGGGGGCUGGGGACCUGACAGCCCACGCCAAGACCAAGUUCACCAUGAUGAUAGAGCCAGUGGAGAAGGAGCUCAAAGCCCUGGGAGACCCCAAGAUAGCCAUCCUCUGUGGGAUAGAGACACAGGCCUGCAUCGCGUGCACGACCUUUGACCUGCUGGAGAAGGGUAUGGAGGUCCAUAUCGUGGCUGAUGCCGUCUCAUCCAGAAGUCAGACAGACCGGUUGUUUGCCCUGUCCCGGUUGAGGCAGAGUGGAGCCUUCCUGACCACCACAGAGGCCGUCCUACUACAGCUAGUGCAAGAUGCCAAACACCCCAACUUUAGAGAGAUCCAGAAGCUAUUGGUCCAGCCGUCCCCUGACACAGCCUUGCUAGCCUUCUUCAGCUCUCUGUAGAGAAGACAAGCUCCUUCUUGUUGUCUGUGAAUGCAUCUGAAACACUGUGUGAACACAAGUACGGAAAUAAACCCAUGCUGCUGUUCUCCAUGCUGACUGCUGAA